AUGGCCCGGGAGGCUCUAGACCUCCACACCGCCGGCCAGUACGACGAGGCGCUGGCCUGCGCCACCGAGCUCGCCCGGGCCAACCCGGACUCCGCGCUCGCUCUCAACCUCGUCGGCACCUUCCACGUGCACGCCGCCGGCGUGGCGUGGAAGGACAGGGCCCCCGGCGACGACGAGGCUGCUGCGAAGUUGGAGGCGUCUCACAACCGCGACGCCCUCGAGGCCUUCACCGCCGCUGCGCGCAUCGCGCCCAACUGCGUCUUGACCGCCGUCUUCCGCGCCGAGGCGCUCUCGGCCAACCAGCGGUUCGCCGAAGCGGUGAUGGAGCUAUUCCGCGUCGUCUCGACCACCGCCAACCACACCGACCCGGCGGUGAACCACGUGGGCUUCGACGUUACCGGAGGCAACACCGCCAAGUCGAGGAAGGCUGACGUUGUGCGCAAGGCCGAAGGCAUCAUGCAGGACUUGACGAACAUGAUCAACAACGACGUUGUGCCCAUACAGGCCGCCAGGUGGCUCCGCGAGGACGCCACUGCUGAUCAAGUGCGAGCGCGUAUGAAGCUUCUCGCCGAGACCUAUCCUUACUCGUCGCGCGCCCGAUUGCUCCGCGUAAACAUGGAAUUGGAGCAAGUCCGUGCCCUCGACCAGGGAUUUCGCAGGAAGGAGCUUCUGCGCGGCGUUCUCGCCCUGAUUUCUCGCGCGGCGGGUAGCUUCGAACGCUCGAUCCUGAUUGCCUUGUUCCACGCCAAGGUCUUGUUCGCCCUGGAUGAUUUUGAUGGAGCGGAGAGAGAGUGCCGCCGUGCACUUCGCAUCGAGGAGCCCAUUGACCCCAGGUGGGAUGACAUACCUCCUGCUGUAUCUGUUCCCGGCGCAGAUUACGAAUCCAGAGUAUCUUCUGUCAACAGACAGCUCCGUAUCUUGCUCAAGCGGAUCAUAGUUGUGGCUGCCGUAUGCUGGACCUCUAUCCAAACCACGCAACAGGGCGACAGGGUUGACAGGGUCAUAUCACUGAGGAUUGACAAGCUCAAGGAGCACUAUGAUGGAAUCGACAAGUCGGCCGCCAAGACCAUAUCUGAUGUAGUGCGCUUUCUCCAGAAUCAGAGUUCAUGGAGUUUCUUUGUUUGCCCCAAUACCAGUUGUAAUGGCAAAAAGUUUCCGGACAUUGAAUCGCUCUGGGUACACAUGCGCAAGAAGCACCGAGAUGAGCUCUGGGAUAAGCUGCAGUCAGUCUUAGGUUCAGAUCUCUAUGAAAAUACAGCAAAGGAUGAUGAUCACCCACUUGAUGCGAUAACUCUCCGUCAAGAUUCAGACAAGCAUGACAUCUUCCAUUUACCAGUGGUGCAACCUAUGUUUGAAUCCUUGCUCCUUUCACCAUCUGUUGGAAUCCAAGCAGAACCCCUUGCUGAAAUGCGACAAAGGAAAUGCACAGAAGGAGCUGAGAUCAUUGCGGAUAUCAAGAAGAAGCUGAGGAUGUUACCUAAAGAUAAACUUAGCACCAAGUAUGAGGAGUUGAGUUUCACAAUACAUGACUUGUGGCUUAAGUUCCUCAAAACUUCUGCUCUGGAUCACCGUGAAGUCAUCCUCCCCCUUGCGAGAUCAUUCCAAUGGAUACAAAUGAAAAAUUCGAUUGCUCUUAGCGCAGAGGAUCUUGGUAGGUUCAUAGGGGAUGCCGAUAUAGACAUUAUGCCCAGUAAUGUUCCUGCUGCCCCUGACAGGAAUGUUUCUGUGGUACACGCCAGUAAUAUUGACAACCCAAGUGGUGAAAACCUACAGACAGAAAACUUGCAGCCUUUGUGCUCAGACGAGACACUUAAGGAUGGUGAAAAAUGUGAAGAAAGUGAGGUUCAUGUUGUAGAUAGCAAUUCUGAGACCAUGGUAGACCAAAGAUCUACGGAUCCACCAAUUGACGUUCUUGCAGGAAGUGCAGAGGCGGAACUUGAAAAAAAAGAUAGGCCCGAGGAAGCCAACUGUUCAUACAACAAUGAUGGAGAGAAGAGCAAUGCUCAGAAUGCUCAGAAUGAUCACAGUCGUCCUAGAUUUAUACCCUUGGAGGGAUGUUCUGCUAGUUAUGCUGCACAGCUCCACAUGGAACGCUGGGCUGCUGCAGUGGAGUUGCACGGUGACCCAGAUGUUUCCUCUGGAACUUCUAGCCAAUCUGUCAAGGAAAUGGCAAGCACCUCCAGCUGUCAAAAAAGUCUUAAUGUAUUCAACAAGAUCAAUGCGGAUAAAGACCUGUCUAUCUUGAGCCUAGUCAUACGGUCAUUGUGCAAUCUGAGGCAUUUCAGAGAUAAUUUUCUAACUGAGCCACUUGUAUGGAUCAUGUCUGCUGACAAUGUCUGCAUUGCUCUGCAAUUUUAUGAAAUUUUCACUUCUUGGGAGAAAAAUGACUACCACUUAACGGAUGGUGUACUGACUUACAUGAAGACCCUUCUCUGUGGAGUAGAUUGCACCAUUUUUUCUGAAAAGUUGCAGGUUGGGUCAAAUUUUGCUUCUGAGAUUGCGGCCACAAUUCUCAUUGGAUUGCAUAUGUCAGAAACUUGUUCACGUUUUAGUUUAAACAAGGAGACGGAGAAACACGUGGUGAAACCAUUCACGUGUGGAGAUUGCAUAUGCCCAACACAUAAACUUUUUGGGAUCAAAUUCAAUGUGCGAAUGAGCUGCAAGUGUGGGAAGUGUUCUGGCGAAUACCCAUAUACCGCACUUUUCCAUAAACUUGAUGCUGGUUCACCUCAAACAACAAAGAUCAAGUCCUUUGCAGAGCUUCCAGUUCUAUUGGAUGAACGGUUCUGUGAGGACAACAAAUGCAAGGAUUGUGGAAUUAUGCUGAAUAUUGAUCUGUUGCUUUCAAACACACCACAUUUCUUUACAAUAGUUUUGAACUGGCUUGGUGGCAGUGAAAGCCAGGACACACUCUCUGAAGUCCUGGCUGGCAUCACGUCUCCUGUUGACACUGGAUUCUUUUGCAAAAGUGCCGAUUCUUCAACUAUGUAUACUGUCACCUCCAUGGUACGUCCACAGCAAAUUGUUAUUUUCUCCUAAAUUGGUUUGUUAAAAGAACUGAACAAAUACUUCUGUCAGCUAUUUGGUAUUGGUUGAUACAUUCAUUGACCUGCAAAUUUACAAGUUAUGUUGAUUAUUGUUACUUCUUCCUUGGCUGUGGUUCGAUGCUACGUCAAUUUUGAGAUGUGCCCGAUGCUUCUCAUUAUCAGCAUAAAUGUUGUGUUAUACUCACAAAUGGAGAGGAACCAAGUUUUUAUUAGUGUAAGAUUGAAGCAAGGCUCCUGUUAUUGUGGAAUAAAAUGGAGCACGGUACUAUAUGGCACUGCCACCAGGUUCAAACUGCUAGGUUACCUUGACAAGGCAUUUCUGCUAUUUCUAAAGAAUUGGAUAAUGGGUUUGACUAUGAUACGUCAUAACUGAGUUGGUGAUAUCAUAUAAUUGCUUGAGGAUAUGUUUGCAAGUUAUCAAAUCGGUCCUAUCUGUGGUAUACGUUCUCCUGUCUACUUCAUAGAUAUCAAAAUAUUUGAGAGAUUCAACAGAAGAAUUUU